GUAUUAUUGUGCGUACUGACACACAUAUACAGCAUAUAAUAUGUAGCACAGAUCAGGAGAAUCCCCUCCACAAGGACCACGUGGCGAGCGUACGCAUUUUCCCUUCCUCGUUCUCGCGACCGUAGGUUAGGUCGUGUGUCGUGCUCGUCCUCCCGCACACGACAUACGUUUGCCGCCACGCGACCAGUCCGCACGUAGUCCAGAGUUCUUCUCCGACUUGGCCUGAUCAGGUCUUGCUUGGUCCAGGUCCAGGUCCAAAUCUACAUUUUUUUUUAUUUUUACUGAAAACUUUUUAAAACUUUUUAUUCACAAACAAUUGUUGUUACUAAGUGCCUCGGGCUAGUGCUUCCAUUUUUUAAAAUUGUGUUUAAUAAUAAUAGACAAUAUCAUUUUCAAAGUUUUAAUUACCACAUUAAUUAAGUGAAAAUAAAUUUAAAAAAAAAUGUGGCGUGUCGUGGUAGCAAGAUCAGAUGACAACAGUACACUGCUGUCAUCAGAAAUAUCAACGAGUACAGUGGGACCAAGUCACCACAUACCCGCAACAAGUCACCACUAUUAUCCUACUUAUCCACCUCCACCGCCUCCUCCUCCUCCUCCUCCCCCGCAUCACGGUUAUCAGAGUCAGCAUGACAUGCGCCACGAUAUGAGAGCUGAUUCUUCUCACCUGAGGCCCGAAUUGAGGCACCAGGAAAUGCUUAGAAGUGAUUUGCAUCUCAGACAGGACAUCAGGCAUGACUUGAAUGUCCAAGGGCAUCACCAAGACAUGUCUUCCAUGAGACAUGCUCAGCAAAGUCACCACGAGUUGACCGAACUGAGGCCCAGCCACGAACUCCAGGAACUUAAAAUUGACGGGCCCGAGUUGAGGAGUCGAGACCAACAGCAAGGACUUCAGCAGCAGCAACAGCAGCAGCAGCAGCAACAGCAACAGCAGAGGAAUUUAAAAAGGACUUUGAGUGACUCCGAUUGUGAUGAUGUUUUUUCGGAAGAAAGUGGAAAAGAACCGUGUAAUUCACCUGGAGGCGAUUCUUGUCAGCACACAUCCCGCAAGCGACGACGUGGAAUGAUUGAAAAAAAGCGACGUGACAGGAUAAAUGCGUCUCUUGGAGAAUUAAGACGGUUGGUACCCGCGGCCGCAAGAGAUCCUCACUCGGGAAAACUCGAGAAGGCUGAAAUUCUCCAGCUAACUGUUGAACAUCUGAGGACCUUGAGGAAUAAAGGACCAGAAGGAUACGACACGACAAAAUUAGCAAUGGAUUACCACGCAGUGGGUUGGGGUGAGUGUGCAGCGGAAGUCGGGCGUUAUCUGGUAACAAUGGAAGGGCUCGACGAGCGGGAUCCUCUGAGAUUGCGUUUGCUGUCCCAUCUACAGAGUUUUCAUCGAGAACACCCGCCCAGUAAUACAUCAUCGAUUCCACCUAGCGGUUCAAUCACUGCGGCAUCCACCCCCGGUAAUUACGAAGGAAUGACUGGGGGUAAUGGAAUGCCUCCAGGUGCUGGAGGAGUUCCUCCGCUUAUCGGCGGGGGGGCUCUCGGUUGGGGACAAUAUCCCGGUCAGUAUCCUCAGCAGCAGCACGGCAAGCCCUAUCGACCUUGGGGCGCUGAAUUAGCUUAUUAACAAUACUAAUUAAAUAAUUAUUCAUUAUCAUUAUCAAUUGUACAUAAUUAUUUAUUUUCUUAAAGAGUGAUAAUACUUUUGAUAGUCAUUAAAUUGUACCUAA